AUGACUUAUGCCUAUGACGAGGAGAAUCGAAUUCUCUAUCUUUCAAAACAUGCGACUGAAAACUAUCUCGACAUUCAGCUCGACUUUGAUGUCUAUGUCACCGCUUUUAUUAUCACAGCAAGUUUAUUAUUUUUCGCCAUCGCCUGCCUCCUGAUGCACUGCCCAAUCGCUAUCGAAAAAUUCUUCUGCCACACGGAUCUGAAUUGUUUCCGCUGGAUGAGCUGGAUCUGCAGCUGCUGCCCUCGCGACUACUUCAUCAGCUACUGCCGCUCCUGUCGAAAAAGUCCGAAUCGAAAAGUCGACUAUCGCCACUUGCGACACUCUGACAAUGGAAAUGAGGAUUUCAAUCAGCCGCAGAGAUCGAGGAUGAUCAUCAAAUGUCCUCCGCCGUCGAAUUAUACCGAGCUUGCACAAAUUUAG